UUAAUUGUCAAUAAUUGCCGGAUAUGCAAUCGUUGCAAGCAGAGAGAGAAUGGAGAGAUGGUGCUUAAGAGAAAGCCUCACUAUUGGACUGGGACAUACUUACAAUUUAAAUGAAAGAGAAAUACUAACAAUAGGACGAAACGGUUCCUGUGACAUUGUAAUAAAUGAUCAUUCUGUUGAUGCGAAGCAUGCUGAUAUUAAAUGGGAUAAUGUGAGACGUCAGUUCAGUAUACAUGAUCUAAACACAGCCAAUGGAACAUACAUCAAUCAGUUUCCGUUAAGAGGAACUUCAAAAUUAUUAGAACAAAGAGACAGCAUAAAAUUUGGAUAUUGUACUGGUCAGGUAUUUAGAGUUGAUUUAACUUUAAAUAACCCAACACCUAGUGGAGUAAAAGAGGGCGGAGCUAAAGACAGUACAAAAGUGGUACCUCAAAUUAACUUAACCACACCUGUGGGAUCUUCAAGCCUCACCCCCUCACCACACUCCCUCCCUCCCCCUGUAUCCCCUCCAUUGGCUGAUACUAAACGCUCCAGCAUUGGAUCACCUCUCUAUGGGGUACCAGCCUGGUGGGGUGAGGGUGAUGAUACUAGUCAUAAUGACUCCAAGAAUCAUAAGGACACAAGAACUAAUCAAGUACUUGAAGACUCUCAGGACCCUCGGGACCCUCGGGUUUUUAAAGAUGAGCCUCAUAGUAAAGAGGAACCUAAGGAAUCUAAAGGAGAGUCUGCUAGUUUCACGAUUGAGUUUGAAUCACCAAAGAAGUUAAAACCUACUCCAAGGUCUCUGUCACUGACCAACAGAUCCAGACCUUUAUCCUUCUCUGGUGAUAUUGACCUCAGACGACAGACCCUGACCCCUCCCACAUCAAAGGAUAGGAAAGUACGAGCAUCAUCGUUAUCACCUAGUAGGGCUCCACUCCCUAGCAACAGCCCUAGCAACAAGAAAGGAGAGGAGAAUAAGGAGGUGACUAGCAGCAGACGAAUAAUGAGGAGUUCAACUCUCAUCGCAAGGACAAGGAACAAUCCUCCUACUACCACACCUAGUAACGGCCCUAGCAACAGCUCCUCCAUUAAAGCAAAGUUUGAGAGAGGGGGUGGCACAGUAAAGAUGGAGGGGAGGAGAGCAAUGAAAGAAGAAGGAUCAGCCAUUAGAGGGAGGUCUGCUUCAAUGAGAAUUACCAGCAGCAGACCACUUACAACUAAAACUGAUAAUAAGAAAGCUCCAGUAGAUGAGAAGAGUAAAGUUACCAGAAAGCAAUGGAAUGAAAAUAAAGAGAUACCCCAUCGGUUGUUAUUGUCAUCUAUUGAAGAAAGACUAAAAAUGCUAGCAUCAUUAACUGCAACAACAAGUUCAAAUAUAAAAAAGUUAACUGAUGUCCUCCAAGAAGGAGCAGCUGUUAGUUAUACUGACAUUAAGAUUACUCCAUUAAAGACAAUUCAACUACCACAAUGGAAAGUCUAUAGCUCUGAAUAUGACAAGAUUUGUCAAUACAUUGUGGAGAGUGAAGAAUCAUUAAAAGAAAUUAACAAGUCGUUGUGUGAGAUCGUGUCGAUAGAAGAUGACAUUGACACAGAAGCUGAUGAUGCUAGCAGUUCCAGUACCCCAUUGCUAGUUAUAACUAGUACUCCAUCAGAACCUGAUGUUAAAAUGGAGGGCAGAGAAGGUGAAGAGAAACAAUAUUCAACUGAAGUAUCUGCUCCAAGUGAAGCAAAUCUUUGAACAUACAUGCACAUUAUUAUGUGAUUUUAUAAUCAUUAUAAUCAAUUUUUCUUUUUAAUUGUCUUUUUUUAAUUUUAAAAACAUAUCAGUGUGCAUAAUGUUUUUAAAUUUAUUUAUUAAUUAAUUAAUAAUUAAUAAUAGUGAUCGGGUUGCAGUCAUUAUACU